AUGUCCGGCAAGCUCGUCCUCGAUGCCGCUGUGUCGCAUCUCAAUGACGCUCUUGAACAGGAGGGGGACGAUAUUCAUGUCUCCCGAGAAGUCCUUUCUACGAUUCUCGUCGCACUGACUCAAUCUGUAAAGACCGAAAAUACUCUAACGCAAAUUAAAAAGGACUUCUGUUUCCUACGAUGCGACUUGGAGAGGUACCGGGAAGCCGACAAUCUAGUCGCCGAAGGUUUAUAUGAGGCGAGGAAAUCCAUAACGGCGAUUUCUAGAAACAAAUUCUCGGAUCCGCUGGUGCAAUCUAGGAAGGUGCCAGCUCAUGUACAACAUGGCAGUCAGACAAGCACUGCAGGUGUUCCAGAUGAAUGUAUUCAGGCCAGGUCAUAUGAAGAGCUCUAUCAUUUGUCGAAUGGGAAUGACGAUACAAUCGAGGCUUCAUACAUUUUGGAUAGUGAACUCGAUGAAGUGACGCAGAAUUUGGACGUCUUUGCACCAUUUCACAACCAAACAAUGGCGAAAGACACACACAUCCAACAAGAAAAUAUAGAACAUAUCAAAGGGCCCGUGAUAAACCCAAGAACUAAAGUCCAUCUUGUCUCGGAGUCCAAGGGGACUGCAUCAUCGGAUGGGUUCUACAAGCCUAUCGCCAUACGCGCAUCUGACGAGCUUACCAGGCUUAAAGAAAGUAUCGACUUUAUAGUACCAUUGCUGCAGCAAAUUUUUGGACUAUGUACGUCUGCUAGAAAAGCUGCCGAGUCGGCUUAUCAUAGCAGGUCGGAGCUUCUUGCUACUAUGAGUCAUGAGAUUCGCACACCCAUUCAUGGUAUCAUUGGUAUGGCUCAUAUAGGACUUGAAGCAGAGGGCCUUCCAUUUACUGCUCGCGAGCCCCUGAAUAUGGUUUAUAGUUUGGGAAAAAACCUGUUGACAACUAUUAACAAUAUCCUUGACCUCUCAAGAAUAGAGGCGAGUCGUAUGGCGGUUGAGAACGUCCCUUUCGAUUUGGGCUUAACUGUCUUAAACACGCUAAAGCCAUUUGCAGCGGAGGCGAGCAAGAAAAAGACUGAUAUCACAUAUAAGGUCGGCAGCUAUGUACCCCAGCAUGCUAUUGGGGACCCAAGCCGCCUUUGUCAGGUUCUCUUUAACCUGGUUGGAAAUGCUGUGAAGUUUACCAAGCACGGGGAGAUCGAACUAUCCAUCAGGGCCAUCCUCCAACAGACAUGCGCUCAAAACGAAUGCAUUGUGGAAUUCUCCAUUGCAGAUACUGGAAUUGGGAUUAAAGAAAAUCAGCUGGACCUCAUCUUCGGAGAAUUUCAACAGGGAGAUAAUUCUGUGGUCAACCAAUUUGGCGGCACAGGUCUUGGCCUAGCUAUAUGCAAGCGCCUCGUUAAUUUGAUGGGAGGUCAUAUUUGGGUUAAGUCGGCUGUAGGAAUGGGCAGCAUAUUUUCCUUCACCUGGCCGUUGAAGCUAGACGGCCUGCCUACUUCUGAGUCUAAAUGGAUGCGUCCUAGUGAAGAUCUUACCGUUUAUUAUAUUGCAGCGAGCCGUCCGGAGAACAACACUCUAUGUCAGAUCUUAACCGAACUGGGUAUCCAUUUACAUGUAUUUGAUGAACAUGAUAUGAAGAACCAGAAUUACCUCCCAGAUGUCCUUAUCGUGGAAACUUCUGAAACAGCAUAUGCAGUACGUGCUUGUGACGAUUUCGGCUCGACGCCCCUUAUCCUGUUCAACCCCAUACCGUCAGACUCCUUCAAGAUCUCUAUACGAUCAGUCUUUGAUUUGGGUAUUGUGUCCUACAUCACGUCUCCCUGUUCAGCUUUAGAUGUUCAAUGUUCCCUAUUCAGCGCACUGCAGGAUUGCCCCAGACCUUCCAAUGCCAAACAAACCACGCCUUUGUCAAUUCUCAUAGCAGAAGACAAUGACAUCUGUCAGCAAGUGGCUGUCAAAGCACUCGAGAAGUGCACUAGUGAUAUUACAGUUGUUACCAAUGGCCUUGAAGCAUUUCAGGAAUAUCAAAGGCGACGGUUUGAUGUGAUCGUGAUGGAUAUCCAGAUGCCAGUUAUGGACGGCCGUGCAGCAGCCUCAAAGAUUCGAGCAUACGAGAGAGUCCACAACUCAAAGCACACCCCGAUAAUCGGGGUGUCAGCCGAUGCCAUGGCAGUGGAUGAUCCCCUUGAAGCAGGAAUGGAUGAGUAUGUGUCAAAACCUCUAAAACCAAACCAGCUGCUGGAUGUUAUCUUUUCGUGCCACCUGCGCGGAGCUCGAACCCAAGCUGCCGGUGACAACGUGGACCGAGACUCCGCUUGUGAGAUAUAA